UUUCACUAAUUUAAUAUUAAGUUCUUUAGAAUAAUGUGACAUACAUAAUGUAGUUAAUAUAAUGUUUAAAGUAUUGUAAUUCAUAUGCUUGGUAAUACCGUCACUAUGAUAUGCCGCUUCUACUUUGUAAUCUGGGAGAAUGUCGGUCGCAUCGCCAUCCAAUCCUGCACUCGCGCUGCAAAAUAAACGCUGGAACGGCCUGCGGAAUGUCUUGGAACGUGAGGGUUUAUUUUGCAAGGAUGAUUUUACUCCAUCACCGGAUAAUUUGGAAUUUCUCCAAACAAAAUGCAAAGUGCUAGUCAUUGGAGCCGGCGGCUUGGGCUGCGAGUUGCUUAAAGAUUUGGCACUGAUGGGUUUUGGCGAUUUGCAUGUAAUUGACAUGGACACCAUUGAGUUGUCUAACCUGAACCGCCAGUUUCUUUUCCGUCGCACAGAUCUCGGUUCAUCUAAAGCAGAAUGCGCUGCGCGCUUUAUCAACAAGCGCGUACCCACCUGCAAGGUGACGCCUCACUUUGCCAAGAUUCAGGACUUCGAUGAGUCAUUCUAUCAGAAGUUUCACAUCAUUGUUUGCGGCCUAGACUCGAUUGUGGCACGUCGUUGGAUCAAUGGUAUGCUGCUCUCCAUGCUGCGGUAUGAAGACGACAACAGCCUUGACGUCUCCUCGAUCAUACCAAUGAUAGAUGGCGGCACUGAGGGAUUCAAAGGCAAUGCUCGUGUCAUAUUGCCAGGCUUUACUGCCUGCAUAGAAUGUACUUUGGAUCUGUUCCCGCCGCAGGUCAACUAUCCACUUUGCACGAUCGCCAAUACGCCGCGUCUGCCAGAGCAUUGCAUUGAGUAUGUAAAGAUCAUACAGUGGGACAAGGACAGUCCAUUCAAUGCGCCGCUGGACGGCGAUGAUCCACAGCAUAUUGGUUGGAUAUACGAACGUGCUCAGGAGCGCGCCAGUCAGUUCAAUAUAACCGGCGUCACCUAUCGCCUGGUGCAGGGCGUCAUCAAACACAUUAUUCCGGCUGUGGCCAGCACCAAUGCUGUUAUAGCUGCCGCCUGUGCCCUGGAGGUGUUUAAGCUCGCCACUAGCUGCUACGAUAGCAUGGCCAACUACUUUAACUUCAACGAUUUGGAUGGCAUUUACUCGUACACCUAUGAGGCAGAAAAGUCGGAUAGCUGCAUGGCCUGCAGUAAUACCCCGCAAUUGCUGACUAUCGAAGAUCCCAAUACGACAACGUUGGAGGACGUCAUCAAGCAACUGUGUGAACUGCCGCGUUUUCAGCUGAAAAGCCCAGCUUUAACCACUAUCAUGGCGGAUGGCAAGCAACGCACUUUGUACAUGGCCAACGUGAAGAGCAUCGAGGAGGCUACGCGUAAGAAUUUAACGCAGUCGCUGGGCGAGCUAGGCCUUCAGGAUGGUCAGCAGUUGACAAUUACUGAUGCCACAUCGCCAACGGCCAUGACGCUGCAACUAAAAUAUCAAGCCAACGAGAUUGAAAUGUUAUAAACUAUAUAUUAAAUGCAAAGCAAUAUUUAAAUCGAAC